AAAACCUUCAUGCCAGGGGCUUUUUCGUAGUUCUGUGAAAACCCGCGAGUGUUUUCGUAAUCUGCCUCUGCCUCGAGCAAAAGAUGAGGUGAUGAAGCAGUGACGCUUUCGAAUCCCCUCUCUCCUCUCUGACAAAACAAGCUCGAAAGAAGGAGAAGAAGAUGGCUUCUCCUUCUCCAAUAUCCUUUCUCCUCCCAUCUUCUUCUUCUCCAUCCAAACCCCCUCUCCCUCAUCUCCCGCCAAAACCCUCACUUCCCUUAAGCAAGAACCGGUUCCCUCGGUUCAAAUGCUCUGCUGGCCAGGCCGGGUUCUUCACGAAGCUGGGCCGCCUGAUAAAGGAGAAAGCCAAGAGCGAUGUGGAGAAGCUCUUCUCCGGUUUCUCAAAGACCCGAGACAAUCUUGCCGUCAUCGACGAGCUUCUCCUCUACUGGAAUCUCGCCGACACCGACCGUGUCCUUGAUGAACUCGAGGAGGCUUUACUGGUCUCUGAUUUUGGGCCGAGGAUUUCUAUCAAAAUCGUCGAUAGCUUGCGAAGCGAUAUUUUAGCAGGAAAGCUUAAAUCUGGAAGUGAGAUUAAGGAUGCUUUGAAGAAAAGCGUACUUAAUUUGUUGACAAGCAAAGCAAAAAAGACAGAACUUCAACUGGGGUUCAGGAAACCGGCAGUAAUCAUGGUUGUUGGUGUAAAUGGAGGUGGAAAGACGACAUCUCUCGGAAAGCUUGCUCAUAGAUUAAAGAAUGAGGGGAUAAAGAUAUUAAUGGCAGCCGGCGAUACAUUUAGAGCAGCUGCGAGUGAGCAACUGGAAGUUUGGGCUGAGAGGACUGGGUCAGAGAUAGUUGUGGGUGAAGGAGAGAAGGUCAAAGCAUCAUCAGUUCUUUCCAAGGCCGUAAAAAGGGGGAAAGAAGAAGGUUUUGACGUAGUUCUAUGUGACACUUCUGGACGUCUACACACUAACUACAGUUUGAUGGAAGAGUUGCUUGCUUGCAAAAAAGCUGUUGCUAAAGUCAUUUCUGGUGCACCUAAUGAGAUUUUGCUAGUUUUGGAUGGGACAACUGGCUUGAACAUGCUCCCGCAGGCAAGGGAAUUCAAUGAAGUAGUUGGAAUCACGGGCUUGAUCCUAACAAAGCUUGAUGGUUCUGCUCGAGGUGGCUGUGUGGUGAGUGUGGUGGAUGAACUUGGCAUUCCUGUAAAGUUUGUGGGCGUUGGGGAAAGGGUGGAUGACCUUCAGCCAUUUGAUGCAGAGGUCUUUGUUGAUGCCAUUUUCUCCUGAAAAUUGAAGAGAAAGUUGUUCUAUAUACAUUAUUCUGAAGUUACAGAAGCAUGAAAUGCUGUUUAUUAAGAUAGGAUAGUGAUCGGCUUUCAGCUAUGUACAAAAUUUGAGUUGACAAAGCUUGGCAAGGAAGAUAAGCACCCAUCAUGUUUACAAGUGAAGAAUGCAAUGGUGAACUACACCUGCUCUAAGGACAGAAAGAAAGACUUCUGCCGGCAAAGUCUCUGGUUGAAUAUUAUUCAAGGAUUUCCAAACAAUUUUCUUUUUCUGGAUAAAAUGUGACUAUAGGGGCGGUACAAAUCCAGUAUUUGAGAAAUUUGUACUUUUUGUUUGACCCAAGUUUUAUGAUUUUUCAUGCGGAUGAAAACCUGCCAUUUGAUGAAGAAUCCAUGGAUACUCUCUCUUGAUGGAUGAAUGGAUGCGAAUGGGUGGCUUAAGUUUU